AUGGGGGGGGAAGACAAGACGACGCGGUCGAUCCACUGGUUCCGCAAAGGCUUGCGCGUCCACGACAAUCCCGCGCUCGUCGACGCGUGCGCGGACGCGACCGCGGUGCAGCCCAUCUUCGUGUUGGACCCGUGGUUCCUGACGCCGUCGCGCGUCGGCGCGAACCGCGUGCGAUUCCUCCUGCAGUCGCUGACGGACCUCGACGCGUCGCUGCGCGCGCGCGGGUCGAGUCUCCUCGUCCUGCGAGGCGACCCGAAGGCGGUGGUGCCCGCGGCGCUGAGAGCGUGGGGGUGCGACCGGUUGACGCACGAGGUCGACACGGAGCCGUACGCGUCCGCGCGCGACGCGGCCGUGCGCGACGCCGCGAAGCGCGUGGGCGCGGAGGUGAAGACGUUCGCGUCGCACACGCUGUACGACAUGGAGCGCUUGCUCUCCAAGUGCCCGAAAGGCGCGCCGCCGACGAGCUACGCGAGUUUUCUGAAAAUCGCGGGCUCGUGCGGCGCGGUUGCGAAACCGGCGCCGCCGCCGCCGGCGUCGAUGCCCGGGUCGCCGGACGGGAAAUCGCACGUGGAGCUCGUCGCGAUGAUCGAGGACGUCGUGUCGUCCGCGGAGGUCGGCGUCCCGACGCUCGAGGAGUUGGGAUACCCGGAGCUGCCCGACGACGAGGGGUUCCCCGCGAGGGGCGGCGAGACGGAGGGCCUCGACCGCCUGCGGAGGAUGCUGUCGCGGAAAACGUGGAUCGCGGAGUUUCAGAAGCCGAUGACGAGCCCGACGUCGCUGUGGGCGGUCGUCGGCGCGGACGGGAAGACGCAGAAGCCGGCCAACCCGUUUGAGGCGGCGUCCAAAGCGUCAAAGUCGAAAACGGUCGGUGCGGAGGCGUUUCUCGCGCCGUCCACGACGGCGCUGUCCCCGUACCUCAAAUUCGGCUGCGUCUCCCCGCGGACGUUUUACCACGAGCUGAAGGACGUUCUGAACGACGCGAAAGGAAAGCACUCCGCGCCACCGGUGAGCCUCGAAGGACAGCUUCUGUGGCGCGAGUUUUACUACCUCGCCGCGUUCGGGACGCCGAACUAUCACAAGAUGGAAGGCAACCCGAUCUGUCGCCAAAUCCCGUGGACGUGGGACGAAGAGAGACUCGCCGCGUGGGAGGAAGGCAGGACCGGGUUCCCGUGGAUCGACGCGUGCAUGCAUCAGCUUCGACAGGAAGGUUGGUUGCAUCACCUCGCGAGACACGCGGUCGCGUGUUUCUUAACCAGAGGCGACCUUUUCGUGCACUGGGAAGCGGGCGCGAAGGUGUUCGACCGCGAUCUCGUCGACGCGGACCCGGCGUUGAAUUACGGGAACUGGAUGUGGCUCUCGUGCUCGUGCUUUUUCUAUCAGUACUUUCGCGUGUACGGCCCGGUGUCGUUCGGGAAGAAGUACGACAAGGACGGGACGUUCAUACGCAAGUACCUUCCGGUGCUGAAGGACAUGCCGGCGAAGUACAUCUACGAGCCGUGGACGGCGCCCGCGGAUGUCCAGAAAAAAGCGGGGUGCGUCAUCGGCGUCGACUACCCGCCGCCGAUAGUGGAUCACGCGGUCGCGUCCAAGGAGUGCAUCGAGAAGCUCGCGGUGGCGUAUAAGGCGCACAAGGACGGAACGAAUCCGCUCGUGGGAUACAAGAGGAAAGCGGGGGAGUGA